CGAGGGCUUGGGGCGGCCGUUCCGCGGCAUCCACGUCACCGCGCUGGGCGCCGGCCCUGCCCACGCGCUCUACUUCGCCUGCUACGAGCAGUUGAAGAGACAGCUCAGUGAGGUCCUGCAGCAGGGAGGAAACAGCCACCUGGCCAAUGGCAUCGCCGGGAGCGUGGCCACGCUGCUGCACGACGCCGUCAUGAACCCGGCCGAAGUGGUGAAGCAGCGCCUGCAGAUGUUCAACUCCCCUCACCGCUCCGUGCUGAGCUGCGUGCGCUCCAUUCUCCGCUCCGAAGGCGUCGCCGCCUUUUACCGCAGCUACAGCACUCAGCUGGCGCUCAACGUCCCCUUCCACGCCGUCCACUUUGUCACCUACGAGCUCCUCCAGGAGCACCUGAACCCUCGGCGCGAGUACCAACCCCGCGCCCACAUCACCGCCGGCGCCGUGGCCGGAGCCGUGGCCGCGGCGGCCACCACGCCGCUGGACGUUUGCAAAACUCUGCUCAACACUCAGGAGAGCUCGGCGCUGAGCUCGCUGCGGCUCGGCGGGCACCUGUCGGGCAUGGCCAACGCCGUGGGCAGCGUGUACCGCCUGGGAGGGCUGCCCGCCUUCUUCAGGGGCGUCCAGGCCAGGGUCAUCUACCAAAUGCCCUCCACCGCCAUCGCCUGGUCCGUCUACGAGUUCUUCAAAUACGUCCUGAGCAAGGGAUCGGUGGAGAGGAGAACGUCACUGUGAGGGAAUGAUGAGAGAACGUUCUUGGGAAUGGGAUUGAUGAGAGAACGUUCUUGGGAAUGGGAUUGAUGAGAGAACGUUCUUGUGAGGGAUUGAUGGAAAGGAGAACAUCCUUAUGGGGGAAAUGGGAUUGAUGGAGAAAACAUUCUUGUGAGGGAUUGAUGGAGAGAACGUUCUGGUGGGGGAUUGAUGGAGAGAACGUUCUUGUG